CGGCGAAUCGGCCCAGUGAGCGGGCGUGUCCACGCGCGUCGAAACGAAACUAUCACAUAAAUGUCAAAUUAAAUAAUUUCGCAAAAACAUAGUGACAUGUGCUUCGUUAUAACCUAAACAUUCACAGUAACGUAAUGUUUUUAGUGUUGGAUAGUGUAAAUGUACGCAUUAGUCGUUUUUAAUCUCUGAUUUUGUGUAGCAAAAUUUAUUACCCCGGCUCUAUUCGUGAUUGUGUUUUCGCUAGCCACUAAACAUUUCUGGCGGCUCGGUUUUGCCGUUUCGUAAAUGACUGUACUUAUUAGGAACUGUUUGAAAUAGUGUUUUGUGUUUAUUAGGAAAUAAUAAUAGUUUGCCGAUGUGAUACUAUACAUGAUGGACCGCGUGAGUGGCGUGUGUAGGUUCGGAGGAGUGAUGUCGGCGGUAAGAACCAGAACUGGUCGUAGUAAGCGGCGCCUGACGGGUCAGAAUCAGAUGCCUGAGGAUUUGCCCGAGCCCCCGCGCCGUGGUCUAGGUGCUAUUCUGGUUCUCGCCUGCAUACUCGUCUACCACAACUGUUUGUACUGCGGUUUCGUCUUCGAUGACAUAAGUGCCAUAAAAGAGAACAGAGACUUGAGACCACAGACUCCAAUAUCAAACAUUUUCCUCAACGACUUUUGGGGGACUCCUAUACAUAAGGAACAAUCGCACAAGUCAUACCGGCCGCUGACGGUGCUGACCUUCCGAUGGAACUACGCCAUCCAUGGUCUGCAGCCAGCAGGCUACCAUCUAGUCAACUUGCUGUUACACGCUCUCGUGUCACUGCUGUAUUACAGGGUGUGCGCAAUGUUCCUGCCGGAGUUCGCGAGUUUCGUCGCCGCCAUCUUGUUCGCCGUACAUCCCAUUCAUACUGAGGCGGUGACGGGUGUGGUCGGGCGCGCAGAGAUGUUAUCUUCACUAUUCUUCCUGGGCGCACUCCUGUGUUACGCGCGCGCCUCUCAGCGGAGAAGAUACACAGACUGGCGCUACGUCGUAGCGUGCACUGCGUGCGUCGGCGUAGCAAUGCUUUGCAAGGAGCAAGGCAUUACCGUCACCGGCGUUUGCGUGGUCUACGAACUUUUCGUAGCACAAAAACGUCGAAGUUCAGGGGGUAUCAGCCGCUGGUCGUGGGUGGACGCAUGGGGCAAAGGCUCCGGUUGGGGGUGCGCUUGCGGCGAGGCGGCGCGCAGGGUUGCCACAGUAUGCUGUGCCACGCUCGCGUUGUUGGCCGCUAGGCUACACGUGAUGGGUGCUCAGCUGCCGGUCUUCACGAGGUUCGACAACCCUGCCGGAGCUGCGCAACCACCUGCCAGGCACUUAACAUUUGCCUACCUACCAGCUCUAAACGCGUGGCUGCUAACACUCCCUGAGGCGCUGUGCUGUGACUGGACGAUGGGCACGGUAGCCUUACUGAAGACCUGGCGGGACCCUCGCAACCUCGCCACGUUGGCGCUGGUCGUCAUCAUAGUGGCUGCCACCAUACAUGCCUUGCGGACUAGAUCGUCUGCACUUUCUAUGGGCUUAGCACUCCUCGUGCUACCAUUUCUGCCAGCAUCAAACUUGUUCUUCCCCGUCGGCUUCGUGGUGGCCGAGCGAGUUCUCUACAUGCCUUCAAUGGGCUGGUGUCUUCUAGUAGCCCACGGUUGGCGACUCCUGGCCAAGAGACGAGCAAAACUCGCCGCCAGUGCACUCAUUUUUCUCCUCUUAGCAUUCAGUGCAAAAACUUAUAUGAGGAAUUGGGAUUGGAAGACUGAAUAUUCAAUAUUUGCUUCGGGACUGAAGGUAAAUCGUAACAAUGCCAAAUUGUACAAUAACGUAGGACAUGCCUUAGAAGCGGAGGGGAAGUACGCAGAAGCGUUAGAAUUCUUUAACACAGCAGUCAGUGUGCAACCAGAUGACGUUGGAGCUCACAUCAACGUGGGAAGGACCUACAACCACCUAGGACGAUACCAAGAAGCUGAAGACGCUUAUGUGAGAGCUAAAUCUCUUCUACCAAAGGCCAAACCUGGAGAAUCAUACCAAGCGAGGAUAGCACCAAACCAUCUGAACGUAUUCUUGAAUCUUGCCAACUUAAUCUCUAAGAACGCCACGCGACUAGAAGAGGCAGACAUGCUUUACAGACAAGCCAUCAGCAUGAGAGCUGAUUAUACACAAGCUUACAUAAAUAGGGGCGAUAUUUUAAUUAAAUUAAAUAGGACCAAAGAAGCUCAGGAGGUUUACGAAAGGGCUUUGCUGUAUGACAGCGGGAACCCUGACAUAUAUUACAACCUGGGAGUGGUCCUAUUAGAACAAGGCAAGCCCUCACAAGCGCUGGCCUAUUUAGACAAAGCAUUGGAACUGGAACCGGAACACGAACAAGCUCUCCUGAACUCGGCUAUACUGCUGCAAGAACUUGGCGCCGCUGACCUCAGGCAUUUGGCCAGGCAGCGUCUACUCAAACUACUUGAUAAAGAUGCAACAAACGAGCGCGUCCACUUUAACCUCGGCAUGGUAUGCAUGGACGAGGGUGACGCUGAAUGCGCCGAGCGGUGGUUCCGGGCCGCCGUCCACCUCAAGCCUGACUUCCGAUCAGCGCUGUUCAACCUAGCGCUGCUCCUCGCAGACAGGAGGAGGCCUUUAGAAGCAGCCCCUUUUCUCAAGCAGCUGGUCAGGCACCAUCCCGACCAUGUGAAGGCGUUGGUCCUUUUGGGAGAUAUCUAUAUUAAUUCGGUUAAGGAUUUGGAUGCGGCCGAAAGUUGUUACCGGCGUAUCCUAGAGCUGGAGGCGGACAACGUGCAAGCCUUACACAACCUGUGCGUGGUGGCCGUGGAGCGCGGCAAGUUAGCCGCCGCCGAGCACUGCCUGGCGCGCGCGGCUGCGCUGGCGCCGCACGAGCACUACAUCCAGCGCCACCUCGCCGUGGUGCGCGCGCGGCGCCAGGCGCAGGCCGCGCCCCCCGACACGCCCCCCGACACGCCCCCCGGCCCCGCCCAGCCCCCCACGUCCGCCACCGAGGUGCGCGCCCGGUGGAACUACAUCCCUCAACAACCCCCAGACCCCCACGAAACUGACGACUCAUAACACAGACGCUGAACAAAAUACAACCUGUACAUAAUUUUGCUUAGGAAUCUUCUUCGAACACCAAACUGAACCAGUUUUAUCUGCCUAUCGAUUAUUUUUAUAAUUUCUUCGAACAAUCAGGGUAUUACCUUCUAUCUGAGUCGGACAUAAUGUACUGUAUUUCACCUUGCUGUUGCUUGACUUAGAUUGUUUCCCUUCGAAGAUAUGUAACGUACGAUACUAUAGAUUUUAUAACGGUACUGAGCGAAGUGUUUACGCCAAACGAUUAUAAUAAAAUUAUUGAUCUCGUAGAUAAAAAACUUCAUUUGCAUAACGGCGUUUCGUGAUAUUAAUUAAUUAAAGACAUCAUUAAUUAUAAUUGUGUAUGCCAUAUAUAAAUAGGUAUUAUGUAGAAUAUGUUUCAACGAGCUUUUGUCAUUAGCCCGGUAUACGGAAUGUAUGGACAAUUACAAUAUGUGUGUAUUUAAAAAUAAAUGGAAAUAGCAUAAUAGGAUGAAUAAAACUGUUUCCAGUAAAUUAUCAUCUAAAUUUCUCUAGUCACAAUGCUCGUUUCGAUUAAAUGUUUGGUUAUUUACUACUAGUUAGAAUAUGAAAUACAUUGCAUUGUACAUGAAAAUUAUGUAAAGUUGAAUGACCCCGUGCUUCGAGUAGGCGUGGGAUAGCCCCCGCACGCGAACCCAUCAUGUUACGUAUGUAGCCGAACUACAUUUGUAUAAAGGAUCAGUCAUUAACCAGUUGACAUUAUCGCAUACUCACCGUCCAAGAAAGUCUUUGGAGUUCAGUGAACACAGUGGGAAAUGAUAACGACGUCAAGAAAUAUUAAAAAAUAUAUAUAUUAUUUCAAUCAGUUUCCUAGCCUUUGAAUUUAAUUUCAGUUCUGAAUUUAUAAUGAAUCACCUAUUUAACACACUGCUGUUAUGUUUCUUUUUAUUUUGUUCCUAAUUUUUAGUAAUGUGUAAAUAUGACAAUAUGCUUUUGACCCAAUUUCUGUUUCUACUGGCACCUAACGGUAUAAUGAUUAAUGCCCUUUUUAUUUAGAGGCAGUUGGUAAGAUUCUCCAUCAGUUAAUUGAUCUCAAAAAUUGUGUAAUUUAUCGCUUUAGAUUUUAGUUACCUGCCUUCGAUAAAACACAGUCUAACACUAUUUUCUCCUCCAUCAAGUACACAGAGUGCCUAAGUAUGUACUUAUAGAACUGUAUAAUUUUCUUAGAAUAAUAAUACUGUAAGAUAACAUUGUAAUUCUCUGAGGAUUACGUUUUCUAACAAAUAUUACAGCAGUGUGUAUGCUAAUUCGCUAACUUUUGUAUGUAACUAAUCCAAUUUGUUAGCUGGGCAUACAUUUGUAAAAUAAAUAUUAUUUUCUUAUUAAUUAAAGAUAUUACGUAAAAAAUGAAAGUGAUCGACCGUUAUUAGAAUUAGAUGUGAAAAAAAUGUAAUGUUGUUAAUGUUUUAAGAUAAAAAGUAACUUUUGUAAAAACUGAAUUUUUUACAAUGUCUUGAAACAUUUCUUGGGAACUCUUUUAUGAGUUGAUGAAUUCGUAAGGACCCCGAAUAUUGUAACUAUUUGUCGUCAAAACGUUUAUUUUUAUAAAAUAAAAUGUUUCAAAUGAUAA